CUCUCUCUCUCUCUCUCUCUCUCUCUCUCUCUCUCGGACGUGCUUCGACGAUACCUUCUGAACAAAGGUCUACGGGAUCAGGGCGAAAGAAGAUUGAGAUACAUCAGAUUAACCCCUACCUGGACGUCGACACCACGCUCCCACCUCGAUAACACACAGCAUCAGGAAACCCAGUUUCCAUUCUCUCUCACAUCAAAAGAGUAGAGCUAUACUUCACAUCAUCACACAUCAUGGGUCUCGUCACAUUGAAAAACCUCCUGUUCGGCCGUACACCACUCCCGACGCGCGCCAAAUCCGCCUUCAGCCGCGCAGAGAGUACAAUGUCGGAUGAGACCAUUGUCGACGGCGGCGACCUUGAGAGGCAACCCCUGCUGCGGUCCAGUGACCGGACCGUCUCGACGGCGACCAUGGCGACGACUACUUCAAAAACCUCAACCACAUCCACAAGGGUCUCAGAGAGCGACUCGAGCGGCUUCCGUCUCGACGCUCGCAUGAUCUCCGAUGCCACCAUCGGACUAUCCGACGGCUUGACGGUGCCCUUUGCCCUCACGGCUGGCCUGUCGGCCCUUGGACAGACAAAGGUCGUCAUCUUUGGCGGUAUGGCGGAGUUGAUUGCCGGUGCUAUCUCAAUGGGUCUUGGUGGUUACCUCGGAGCCAAGAGCGAAGCGGCAUCCUACAAGGAAACACGCAGCGAAUGCACCCGUCUAACCCAAGACGACCCAUCCCUCGCCCGCGCCCAAGUCCUCGAGGUCCUCGAACCCUACGACCUCCCAAAACAAACCCUCGAAGACGUAACAGACCACCUCUCCACCUCCCCGCGCCUCAUCGACUUCCUCAUGCAAUUCCACCACUGCGAGCAGGAACCGGCCUCCAACCGCGCCUUCGUCUCCGCCCUCACCAUCGCCGCGGGCUACCUCCUCGGCGGCCUGAUCCCGCUGUUCCCGUACUUCUUCGUCCCCGCCGAGGACGUCUACCUCGCGCUCUACAUCUCCGUCGCCGUCAUGGCCGUCGCGCUAUUUGCGUUUGGGUACGUCAAGACGUGUAUCGUCUCGGGCUGGUCCGGGUUGCGGUGCGUGAGGCAGGCUGUUGUGGGCGGGUUGGAGAUGGUUGUCGUUGGUGGUGCGGCGGCGGGUGCGGCGAUGGGGUUAGUGAAGGCUUUUGAUCAGCUGGCGCAGACUGAUGAUGUGUCGGCGUUGGCGAGCAAGAUCUUCUAAUACCCCUUUACAGCUUUCUCUUUUCUUCUUCUACUCUUUUCCGACUUACGUCGUUCUAUCUGGACUACGUCCUUUUCCUUACUUCAAUACCUCUACUCUUCUUUUUAUUCUCUCUGUCUAGAGUGUACACGGGAUGUGUUACACGCCAUCAGGGUGGUAGAGAGGCACAGGAAAAUUCGGACCGGGGGUCCAGGGCAAAGGAAAAAUCUCCCAUGUUUGCAUUGUUUAGCGUUUACGCGAUUACUUCAAGGGGAAUCAUACUAUCCCAGAGUCGCCUUCUAGUUGAAGAAGAUGGUUAGGUUGCAGCGAUGCGAAGGAGGGCGGCGUUGGCGUCGAAGAGUCUCACGAAACUAUGGGAUAUGACAGCAAGGACCGCUGCAAGGGAAGACAAAUGGUACUAGAUAGACCAUCUAUCAAAUAAGACUGAGAAACAUUCUCUCUUCC